AUUCGAACCCCACGAUUUUGGUGGAGGAGAAAGAGGGAUGAUGAAGCGCGAGGAGAAGCCGCAUUGGCGAAGCCACAAGCAGCCAUUGCAGCGCUCGCCCCGAGCUCGUCAGGAAAUCGGCGCCAGCGCUAGCGCCAGCGGCAGGGAGACCUGGCUGACGAUUGCGCUCAAAAUCUCCUACUUCUUGCCGGGGCUCAUACUGGGAUUCACGCUGGGAUUGUGGACAGAGCUUCCAAAGAAUGCCGGCAAGGCUCUUUUUACCCCUGCUGCUCCUCGGUCUGGUAGCAAGGCUAGAAGAGGCAAUGCUGCUGCGUCUGGAUCGUCCAGCUCUAGCGGUAGCAGCGUUAUCAACUCGGAUCAAACUGGCGAGCUCAAAAUGGUGCUUGUUGUGCGAAUGGAUUUGAAGAUGGGAGGAGGAAAGAUUGCCUCUCAGUGUGCUCAUGCAGCAGUGGGCAUAUACAGCGAUCUCAUGCAAAGCAAUCGAUCGCUGCUGAGCAAGUGGGAAUCUUGCGGCCAACCCAAGAUUGUUGUCAGCUGCAAGCACGAACCAGAAAUGUGA